CUCGGUUUCAGCCAUGGCAAUGCCAUUCUCCAAUGGCUUCCUCAUUCCUCCUUUUCCUCUUCUCCAUUGCCAUUGUCUCCCUUUCAUCCUCAAACAAUGCAGCUGCAUUAACAGAUCCCAAGCCUAAAGCCCUCAUCCUAUCAGUGGCAGGCCCUUCUUGUGGAUCAACUGCGUCUACAAGUCAUCCACUUACCGUCCAGUCCCUUGUGGCUCCGCAAAAAUGCCAGGCCGUUGGUGGUCUUGGAUGCUUGAGUUGCAAUGGGACUCCACGGCCCAGAUGUACCAACAACAACUGUGUCAUUAGUCCAUAUAACUCAUUUAUUAAUAGACUCUUGGCAGGUGGUCUAGGCAAGGAUGCGUCUACUCUAUACUCAACGGGUGGUACCAAUCCCACGACGAUUGUAACCGCAAAGCACUACCCUUUCGUGACUCAACUUUCAGCCUCCACACAGCUCUCUUCAGCAUUCAACAUUCCGCUCAAGUUUGCUAUUGGUUUGCCUUCAACUGAGUCAACAGACGGAUAUCUCGGAGACAUUUUCAUAGGUGGUGAUCCUUAUAAUUACAAGAUGCUUAAUGAUACAUAUAAAGAUAUGUCUAAGACACUUACAAAAACGCCACUAGUGACAAACCCAGUAAGUACAGCUCCCAUUUAUUCAGAAGGAGUUGGUGGGACGAAACUCAGCACCAUAUUUCCUUACACCGUUUUGCAUACUAGCAUAUAUAAAGCUCUUGUUAAGGACUUUGAGAAGAGGGCUGCGUCUAAGAAGAUUGCUGGAGUCACACCGGUGAAACCUUUUGGUUCAUACUUCAACUCAAAGACAAUCCGUAGCACGGUGACCGGGCGAGAUGUGCCAAAGACCGAUCUGGUUCUGCAAAGCAGCAGUGUGCACUGGAGGAUCUACAGGCAUAACUCAAUGGUGAAGGUGAAGAAAGAUGUCAUGUGUUUGGCAUUUGUGGAUGGAGGAUUGAAUCCGAGAACGGCUAUUGUUAUCGGAGGACAUCAGUUAGAGGAUAAUCUGCUGCAGUUUGAUCUUGCUGCUUCAAAGAUAGGAUUCAGCUCUCCUCUCCUGCUCAAAAAUACAAACUGCUCCCAGUUUAGAACUGUUAUCUUUUGAUCAUAUCCUGUCAUUUUUCAAAGGAUGUAUUCUUCUUUAGCAGAUUCAGCAUUUAUACUUUAUCAAUAACAAUAAAUGUAGUUGGAAUUG